CCCUUGCCCGCCAUGUCCGACAGCGCCUUCCGCCAGCCGUUCUCCUUCAUCCUCGAUGCCCGUGACAACAUCGUCCUCAUCUUCGGCAAUGACUUCCAGAUUGUGAACAAGGCCUCCGCCACCAUCACCCACUCGACCCGCGCUGUGGAGGGCGCACACCACAUCGAGGGCGGCCACACCACCCCCAUCGUCGCGGCUGCCCUUUCGCCCGGCCAGGGGCACUUUGUGACCAGCUCCAACGACCGCAUUGUCACCAUCUGGGACACUGCCACCUGGACGGUCAAGUCCUCGCGCCCGGUCAACAAGCGUAUCACCUCCAUCAAGUUCAACAAGGACGAGGACACCUUCAUCGUGGCCGACAAGUUCGGUGACCUCCUCUCCAUCAACAUCAACAACACCGAGACCCUUACCCCGCUGCUCAGCCACCUGACCAUCGUCACGGACUUCGCCUUCGCUCGUGAUGGGUCGGAGAUUGUCUCGGCCGACCGUGACGAGAAGAUCCGCAUUUCUCGCUUCCCCAAGUGCCAUCUGAUCGAUGGGUUCUGCUUCGGCCAUGACUCCUAUGUCACCCGGCUGCAGAUGAUGGCCGGCGCCGGGCCCGACGCCUCGGACAUCCUGCUCAGCGGCGGCGGUGAUGGGCUUCUGAUCGCCUGGAACCUCCUGACCGGCUCGCUGGUCCAGCGUGUGUCCAUCACCGACAUGAUCGAGCAGCGCUUCGCCGCCGGCCAGGACGCCGAGAAGCAGGACGUGGACAUCAUGGCCAUCGUUGCCACCUCGGACCAGAAGCAUGUCGCCGUUGCCGUCGAAGACUACCCGGGCAUUUUCGUCUUCAACUUCGAUGCCUCCGCCGCCGAGCCUCUUUCUUUCUCGCAGACCCUCCGCGUGUCGGCCGACCAUCGCCCCACUGCCCUGGCCAUCGAUGCCGAGGGUCGUCUCUUCGUUGGCUGGUCCAACGGCACCCAGCUCCUGUCGGCCUUUGACCUUGUCAACGGCAAGUUCGAGCAGUCUUCUGCGGACAUCGUUACCACCAUCAACAACAGCUCCUCAGUUCGUGUUGUCACGGUCCCGAGCAUGCUGCAAUACCUGCAGCUCCGCUCCGGGGCGCAGAAGACUCGCGUCCUCGGUCGCGAGGCCGUCCGCGGCGACACCGACCUCAUGGACGAGGAUGCCGAGCAGCCAGAUGCCAAGCGUGUCAAGACCGACGAGUAAGGCGGUCGCUCUCCCCCCCCCCCCCCCCCGUGUCGGGAGCACUUGCUCUUCCCUUCCCCGGGCUCAGACAUUCGCACUGCUCCUCUUGCCACCUGUUCUCUUCUCGCCCGCCGUUCCCUCCCCCCCUCCCCCCCUCCUGACGGACAUGUGUGCAGACACACAAACACAUACAAGCACGCAUGUGCACGUCCCUCUCCCCACUCUUUCAUGCCGAAAAAAAAAUAGAUCCCGUCCCUUCUGCA